AUGUCGUCGAACCACGCCAAUCUCGAUGCGGCGUCCAUCGACCGCAAAGCCCGCCUCGCUAAGCUCGCAGCCCUGAAGCGCAAGCAACCAGAACCCGAGACGGUAGAUGCCGGUGCAUCAGAAGAGCUUCCGGAUGCCGACGCCGAACCAGAUGUGACAAGAACCUACUUGUCUGGCCGCAACUACGAUCCCGAAGCCCGCGGCCCCAAGCUGGGAUUCGAGCAGGGCCCACAAGAGGGCCAGGUGACGCUUGAGACACAGGCAGCGGAAAUCGCAAAGGCCACAGCAGAGCAAGCCAAGAAAGACGCAGAGGCCGACCAACCCAUUGAUCUAUUCAAACUGCAACCGAAGAAACCGAACUGGGACUUGAAGCGGGAUCUGGAUGAGAAGCUUAAGAUUCUCGACGUACGGACGGAAAAUGCAAUUGCUCGACUUGUACGACAACGGAUAGAGGCUGCACAGCGCGCUGCGAAGGAACGUGGCGGGGCAUCGAAUGGAGAGGGCGAGGAAGUGGGUAUGGAGGGCGAGACACUGGUUGAGGGCAUCCAUAUGCGCGAGCGAGAGGAGAAGGACGACGAUGAAACGAUUUGA